AUGGUUGAAAGAUGGACUUGGUUGAAAGGCGCUUUAUGUACUAUUGAUAGAAAUUAUCCAUUAUGGAUUGAUGAUUUACAUUUCGAAAUUGGUACAACUCAUGUAGUCCAUCAUGUCUUUUCUGAAUUACCUCAUUACAAUACAAGAUUUUAUUAUUUUGUUAUAAUUUACAGGAAGCAAAUGUCUAUGUAAAAAUUGGAGAUUUAUAUAAUCAAGAUGCCAAAAAAUAUGGACAUCCCCUUUAAUUCUGCAAGUCUUGUUGGAGUAGAACACAAAGGAAAUAGAGUGUGGAAAUUCGAUAAGGCUUGA